CCUCCUCCGUCAGGUGCCGCCUGUGGCGUUGUCUCUGAGCAAGCAGAGGCUCCCCGCUUGCGCCGAGGCCACAGUGCCGCUGGUUGGCGGGUGCCGGUCGAGGCGCCCCGCUGAUAGGUCGCCGGAGGGCAGGGGCGGAGCCGGCGGUUUUUGGCACUUCCCUCCCGGACUCCGCCCACCCACAUAAUUGAGACUGAUGGCGAGAGCGUCCGCACUGUGACACGGGACUUUUUAUCCGCACGACGGAGAGUUGAAGCAUUCUUAGGCCUACGUCAGGCAGGUGUUCAGUGACUCACCUGGUGCAAGCCUCGCCACACAGGAGGCGGCAGCAGCAGCAGCAGCGACGCCCUCUUAACCGGCGUCGCGCUUUCGAGGGUCAACAUCCCGUCUUUCUUACUGGCAGGCCAAAGAAGGCGACUUCUUCUUCUUCUUCUUCCCUUCAUCGGCCUCUCCUCUCUGGCGUCGCCCUCCGCCGCCUCUGCUGCUGCGACGGCCUCGUGGGCAAAGCCGCGGGAAAUCUGGCACGUGCGAGGACCGCAGACACGUGUCUGUCGUCGAGUGAGGAGGAGGAACUGCUGGGGGGACGCUUCAGGUGUUUCAGGUGUGGCGGCGGCGGCGGCGGCGGCGGUGCCCUUUUGCGUUGCAGGUGCCCCAAGAGCCGAGGCAAGACGCCGCACUGUGCCUCCAACACGGCUCCUUCACCCCCUCCCCAGGUGCCUUCUGACGUGAACGUCCCGGUGCCACGUCCCAUCUGGCCUCUCCGGCCGGCCAUGAGCGCCGUGGUCACCCAGGGAGGACCGCACCUGGGUCCGGUGGCCCCGGCGGUCGCUCCUGACCCUCCCCCGGACGUCCUUCUGGCCCUUCUCUCCAGAAACAAAGCUCUCGAAGCAACGAUCCCCAAAUGUGCCGGAUGCUCGGAGGCCAUUUUGGACCGCUUCAUCCUGAAGGUGCUGGAGAGGACGUGGCACUCGAGAUGCCUCAAGUGUGCCGAUUGCGGCGCCCAGCUCACUGACAAAUGCUUCGCCCGGAAUCAGCAGGUCUACUGUAAAGAAGACUUCUUCAGAAGGUACGGCACGAAGUGCGCUGGGUGCGAGCAGGGUAUUCCUCCGACGCAGGUGGUGCGACGGGCGCAGGACAACGUCUACCACCUCCACUGUUUUGCCUGCGUCAUCUGUCAGAGACAGCUGAACACGGGGGACGAAUUCUACCUCAUGGAAGACAAUAAACUCGUGUGUAAGAGUGACUACGAGCAGGCUAAGCAGAGAGGUAUGUCACUGAAGGAAGGCGACGCGACAAACAAACGACCCCGUACCACCAUCUCGGCGCGACAGUUGGAGCAACUCAAACAGGCGUACAAAGAGAGCCCGAAACCCGCUCGCCACGUUAGGGAGCAACUCUCUCAGACGCUCGGCCUUGACAUGAGGGUUGUGCAGGUCUGGUUUCAAAACAGGCGGGCCAAAGAGAAGCGACUCAAAAAAGACGCCGGCCGGACGCGGUGGGGCCAGUACUUCCGGUCUAUGAAAACCGGGGGGCGAGAGAAGCGGAGAGACGACGACAAGAGCGAUGCCGACCUCGACCUUGACUCACAUGAGGAUAUGAUUGAUAUGCCCGAUGGGUACAGAACUCCAGGACCUCCUUUGGAUCUGGAGCCAGGGCAGACUGCCAUGAGCCCACACCUGGGACCACCCCACCCACCUCCUCCGCACCAUCCCUUCAUGCAUGUACUGCUUAACCUUGCAGGUGCAGGCACACCUCCAUACAUGGCAGGUGGCGGCGGUCAUUCUCCCAGCGCUCCUGUACCCCCGCAUCCUAUGGCUGCUCCGUUCCCUUAUUCAGAGCCCCUACCACCGUAUCCUGCACCCAUGGCAGCAGCUGCAGCAGCAGCCGCAGCAGCCGCCGCUGCUGCAGCGGCAAGCGGCGGGGUGAGUACAAUGGCAGGAGGACCGGCCAGCGACCUCAGCUCCAACGGUUCCAACCCGAGUUACCCCGAAUUUCCACCGUCCCCAGACUCGUGGCUUGGGGAUAUGCAGCAGGACCAUCACCCACAGUACUAACUCCUUUUGGGGGUUGGGGAAAGGGGAGCAUCUGUCUUAUGAUCCGUUUGUUACAGUUCAAUCCUUUUUUUUUUUUAAUGUUUCCUAUGUCCAGCUCACUCUGUUGUUUUGGUAUUUUUGGGCAUUUGAUUUCACACAGCACUUCACGUUGACUACAGCGACCGUCUCUCUAAGCGAAAGAUUGAUUUGAAUCACGAUUUUGUUCUGUUACAACGGUCAUCAUCGCGAUGAUUUCCCUUCCGGUCAGUUUUUUCCUCAAGUACUUCAGUACAGAAGUGUUUCCAAGAAAAUGGACACGUCAGAAGUAAAACUACUUUUCUAGGUGAUUAGCAGUCGUAACGAUUUCAAAAUUUUUCGAGAAUGUGAUUGAACCCUGAAGCUUGAAUUUUAUCACUGCUAUACUACAGUCAAAAGCAUCUCUUUAGUCCAAGUAGCAAUGACCUCUAUGCAAUAAUGCAAGCCAAAGUUGCGUCACCAAAGAUAUAUUUUAUUCGAUGAAAACUAGUCACUUAAGUACGUUGGGUCUAACGCUACAUUUAUCAGAACUCGACAGCGGUCAAUAUUGUUUGUCUCUUUGACUCGAAGAGACGCCCUUCAGCGUUUCUUUCAAUUUAUCAAACUCGUUUAACUUGUUCAUAUCAAAGUUACCGCAGGACUCUUCUUUCAAAGCCGCAAGCAAACUCUCUCAAAUGAAUGUUUUUCCCUCAUCUCGCCUGAGGAAUCAUAUACCUGGAAAGCAAAGUGAGCGGGACAUCUGAAAGGAAUCCAGAAUCUAGUCACUGUAUAAGAAUAACUAUUCAUUAGUUCUUGCUCUGAUAAGAAAAAUCGAAUUGGAUCUUCUAGCACUGGCACAUCAGGAAAAUGCCAAAGACAUAAGGUGCGAAAGCUGAAAUGUCCCACCUUAGCAGUGCAAAGGAUGUGCUUUGUGUUUGGUUUUCUUGGAGAGGGGAGACCACAAGUCGAGCAAGACCCUCUGGUGGGCCGAAAGAAGUUGAGGACGUUCGAGCGACGGCGUCGCCAAUAGGCAAGAGUCACAGAGUUCAUCCUCGAUUAUAUCCUGUCAUUCUCAUUCCUCUUGUUCUUCUUCUUCUUCCUGUUUUGGAAGUGAACGGAGACGUUUCCUGAUUUUUUUUACCAGACCUGAUGAUGUACAUACUAAGUUAAUCCUUUGGUGAUUAAUAUUUAAGUUAAUGUAAAAGUCAAAAGGGACUGUUAUAUGAGAGAGAGAGAGAGAGAGAGAGAGAGAGAGAGAGAGAGAGAGAGAGAGAGAGAGAGAGGUUAUUUUUGAUGUGGCUAUUCUGUGUCUGCCCUUUCUAUAAAUAUUCUAAUUUGUAUAUACUAUAAAUAUAUCUUAAUAAGAUGACUGUCUUGCCUUGAGAUAGUGGAAACUAUCGGCCGAAGCAGAGCGAGGGAGUCAUGUACAUAACAAAAACUUGACAAGAACCUGCGUGGCAUCUCGAAGUGUCAUUGGUUGCUGCAGGUUAAUAGUAUUAUUUUCUUUCAGUUUAUAUUGUUCACAUAUAAUACCAAAGAUUUUUGAAGGAGUGAUGCAUAUUCCCCGAUGAACAUGCACGCGCUCGUCCUCUUCAACUCUUGUUUAUAGAAACAGUUUUAGUUGGGUUUUAUUGCGAGGUGUGAAAGGGACCCAACGCACAAAGUUGAGCCAAGUCUAGUAGCCGUAUGAACAUAAUGUCUCAAAAAUGAUGUUAAACAAUUUUCUUUGGAAAUUCGGCGAAUGCUUUUUUUUUUCACAAAGACCGUUCUGAAAAGUGCAGGGAAUGGGAUUUAAUAUAGAGUUUAGGCCCAAAGCCAAGCGCUGAUCUAUGAGGUGCAUGAUGCAGAAAUACACCGUGGAUAUAAAGCACUUGUUAUAUCUCCUGGCAGAAUAGACCUAUGGUACCACACCACAUCACCCAAAAUCUUUUUAUCCGAUUGUAACAUUCUGUUCCGUUGUUGGAACAGAAUGUAUCAGUAU